AUGCAAGUCCUUAAAUCACAGGAGUCUAUGUUCAGUUUGAUCGUCCGUUCUGCUGGUCGAGAUGGAAUCCUUUCCCUCUGGACUGGGCUUUCCGGUUCCAUCCUUAGACAAGGAAGUUAUUCUACAGCAAGAUUUGGCAUUCACACCGUUCUAUCACAGCGCGUCAUGGACUACACAGGGCAGAAGAGGUUGUCACUCGGCUCCAAUAUCGCUUGUGCGGGUGUCGCUGGUGGUAUCGCAGGUGUCGUGGGCAAUCCAGCUGAGGUUGUUCUGGUCCGAAUGUGUGCGGAUGGCGCCAAGCCACUCUCACAGAGAUUUGGAUACUCAAAUGCCAUCGAGGCGCUGUGGAGAAUAAUUCGCGAGGAAGGAGUGCAGGUGUUCGGGAAGGGCCUCACUGCCAAUAUUACGAGGAGCGUGCUCAUGAACGUAUCCCAAAUCGCAACAUACUCUUCUACAAAGCAAUACCUCGUCUCCCAAAUGGGUCUGGCCGACGACAUCAAGACUCAUGCGGCAGCAUCACUUGCGGCUGGCACCAUGGCAACGACGCUGUGCGCACCUGCCGACGGCCUGGGCGCAGUUCUUCGAUCAGGGCUGCGCGAGGAGGGAACCCUAUUCCUGAUGAAGGGGUGGACUCCUGCGUGGCUGAGAUUAACACCCCACACGGUUCUCACAUUCGUCUUCAUGGAAAAGCUUCGACAGCUGACGACGAUCGGGAUCCCAUGGCUGCACACCCGCCAGGUCGGGAGGGAGGAGGAACAGGUCCUCAGGUAA